CGUAAAGGGGAGAGAGAAGAAGGCUAACGAGGAGAGCAUGCAAGGAGCGAAGUUGCCACACAGAGAGAGAAGAUAAAGCAACUGGCGAUGGCGGAUGGAGAGGAGGUAGUAGAUAUGGAGCGCCGCGCUAGGUGCUUUCGACUGGAAGAAGGUGGCAGGUGGAAACUAGAACUCAGGCGUCGAGACUACACCCAAGAGGAAACAACGUGGUCGCUGCCACGUGUCCCUACACCUAAAGAACACCCUCUUCGUGAUCAGGGGAGUGGAGAAGAGCCGAAGAAGGACAGAAAGUUUAGUGAACGGAGGAGAAGAAGAACAAACGAAAAUCACACGGCUAUGGUGUGUUCAUCCAGCGCAGAGAUUCGACUACAGGGAAGCAAAGAGGAGAAAAAGAAGGAGAGAAAGGAGGAGAGAAAGGAGGAGAGCAAGGAGGAGGGGAAGGAGGAGGGGAAGGAGGGGGAGGGGAGUGAAGAGACAAAAUUUAGUUCAGACGAUGAUGGGGCUUGGGAUGACCCUCUCUGUUCGCCCCUACUGGGUGAGGAGGAAGACCCACUUUCAGCCCAAGAACCAAGCCCAAGGCUGUUACGCCAUGAUGCUCGUUCGAGGAGGACAACCCUAGACCAAUGUGCCGAAGAAGGAGCUGCUGCAUGGAACGCCAGAAAGGUGGUGAUUAUGCAGAAGUUCACGGCAACUGGGAUUAUUUCUGUCUCUCUGUCCUUUGACAUCAUGUCCAAAGAACCCAAAGGCAAGGUGAGUUCGAUCACCUCCCGCCUGGAGGAACUCGAUAACCCUCUCAAGGAGGCAAGGGAGGAGACGAAGAUCAUCUCACAGCAAGAAUACGUGACGUAUCUCAGGUUGCUGAAGAGCGAAAUAGCACUUGCAUGGCGCUGCGACGAACGCGUCUUGGCAUUGAAGGCAGCUGUCAAAGUCGCCAGACUCCUGUCUGACACGUCGGUCCCCCAAUUCUACCCAACGCUUUUCGUGCUGGUCACAGACAUCAUGGACACGGUGGGAGAGCUCGUGUGGAACCGGAUCAAGGCAAGGUGUGAAAGGGACGACAACUCCGACCGUAUCUUAUGCCCUUUGCCGGCCAAAUUCACUUCUGACGAUGUGCGCCCAGAAGCCAAACAAACCUGUCUCAAUUGGUUUCACAAGAUCGGUUCUAUUCACGAGCUUCUCCCUCGUCUGUACAUCGAGAUGGCUAUAGCCCGUUGCUAUUACUUUCUGCAAUCUGGUCCGCCUGUGCUAUUGUUUCAGAGGCUGACAUCUAUGAUCAGAGGACUGGCAGAUCCUCUCGCUGCAGCUUAUGCUCAGCUCUACCUGGCACGCCGGGGACUGUGCAUCAUGCCCCUAGAGAAAGUGCAUCUUGUUCAGGGAUUGGACGACUUCCUUCAGCUUUUUCGAAGGGUACUUAGUCACGAAUUUGAUGAACAUAUGGCUUCGUCUGGGGUCGAUUUCGGCCUCUAUUUGCAGUUGAUGGAGCCCGCAAUUCAGUUCAUAGUGCAGUGCAUGCUGAGGCACGCUUCUCCCGAGUUCAUGCGUGAGGUUGUUGCUAUUUUUGGACAAGGAGUUCGGGGGUCUUUUCGUAUUGGAGGCCAUGGUGGGUUGACUCUUUCUGAUGCUGGAAAAGGCCGCCCACCCGUAGCAUCGGUCGUUUACUGGCUGCUGACAGAGCUCCCUGCCACUUUUGUGACCUCCUCGGCUCGUCUGUUUGCAGCCGUCAUUAAGGAUGCCACUGAUGGUUCCGUUCCACAGCACAUGAGCUACGGGGUGCUGGGCCGCAAACUCUGUGAGUGCGCGCCUCCUAGGGAGCAGAGACUUGCAGUAUUCAAUGAUGUGUGGAGGGUUGUGAGCAAGCAGUCCUGCUUGCCGGAGUACUUGUCGGUGGCAGAUGCAUUCACAGAUUAUGUCCUGAAGAACUUCACGCAGAGGGAGGUGGACACGUUUCUCGGAGACAUCCUCCACCACACGAAGAAUGCCAAAGUCGACGAUGGCGCUUUGGCCAUCCUCGAAUCAAUCCUAUUCAAAUUGCUGACACAUUACCACGAGCUCGUUGAUGCUCUAUCCUUGCAACACUUUAUUGGCAUCCUUGAUCUGUUUUAUGGGGAGCUUCAGGUCUCCAUGUACAAGCGGAUCUUGCUGUCUGUGGUCAACGGGAAGCAGCAGGUCGCUGAUGUUGUGGCAGUUCAUUUCCUUUUCGAUAUCGCAAAAGCGCUUCACGAUUCCCUCGACAGUAUAAGUGGCGACAACGACCGGCAGCAAGUCGCCCGUCUGAUCACCAGAUUUAUACAGCUGGUUGACUUCAAGAAGGACAGAGAGCAGGGCCUCAACUUCUUGGUAGAUUGCAGAGCUGUUUUUUUCAACACGGACUACUCCCAGCAAGCUGUGGCUCACUUGGUUAACAACUUGGCGAUUCGGGUGCUGUUAGGGAUCGCGGGCGCGGGCAGUGGCAUUCAUACGAAGCGAACUAAGGAUUUCGCAAAGGCUUGCGUUUCGUUCAACGAGAUUACGAUCCUGUCGAUCCGGAGCGUGAUCGUCCGAUUGCAUCUGUUUCUUGAGUCUGCGGAGGUGGCUCUUCUCAAUGGGUUUGUCGGCCAUUCAGAGACACUGCUAAAGAGUGCGGCGACUUGCCUGCAGGAAGGCUGCAUUGGAGGAGAAAGCUGGGCGGCGGCGGCCGACAAACCGGCGACGAAGGAGGGAAAAGAGCAGGUCGUAGGCUUUCUGUGCAAAGUGGCAGGCUUUUUGGUAGUUGCUCCAGGACACCCAGAGUACGGUGUGUUUUAUUUCCUCAAGGGUCUUCUUAAUGUACUGGAUGACCACCCUUGGCUUUCAUAUGAUGAUGGCUUGUUACAAAGGGGGGCAAGAACCUGUUGUGCUUUCCUGCUGUUGAUGGGAGCUCUCUUCCAGGAGAGGCUACCCUGCCAUGUGGUGAGCAUAGAGAGCAACGACACACUCUACUCCUGCGAAGAGGGGUACAAACAGGAGGUAGCUGCGAUGGCGAACGACUUUGUUGGCCGCUUGGUGUCAAUCAUCGAUCAGGCACGUCCAUCGGAUUUGCGAGCACGGCGGGCUUUGGACUUUUGCAACUCCUUGCUUAUAUGCUUCAAGGUCACCAGUCAGCUGAGCAUGCUUUGCUAUUCUCUGAUCGAGAUCGCAGCAGAGUCUCUGCCUCAAACAGAUAGCUAUUUCGUCCAGACGGUCCAGUAUGCGGCCUUCAUGGGGCUCGAUCGCGACACUAAAGAGAAGGAUAUUGAGAGGGAAGGAGGGGGAUUGAUGGGGGAAGACCGUGCAAAGGAGGCGAGCGGCGAAGUGAUGGCAAAAGAAGCCGCUGGCAAAGACGCGAUUAGUUCAGGGGGGAAUUCGAGGUGGGGGAGAGGUCGGAAGCGGAGGAAAUCAAGGGGGCGGCGGCAGACGGGACGAGGACGGUACGUCCGGGCCGGGAGGAGGACGCGGACGAAGCGCGGAGGGGGCGGAAGCGGCCAGGGAAGGCGCCGAACUCCCAAAGCUUCCGCUAAAACGACUGUUGAAUAUGGUGAUCUCUACGGCGGCACACCAAGGUCCGUCGCCAAAGAGUUGCACAAAUCGGAGAAGAUCGAGACUAAGACGGGGAUGCGCGACCUGGCGAAAUUGCAACAGGGUUCGAGGUUGGAGGAGCUGAGCAGGGAGGGCUGGUUCAAUGAUAAAGCUCAUGGCGAAGUGCCACAUCAGCAGUGCCACGUCGGGCACAGUGCCACGUCAGCAGUGAGCAGCAGUGCCACAUUAGUCACAGUGCCACGUCAGCAUGACGGGUCCAUUGCCGACUACAAACAGCGCUUCCAGGCUCAGCUCACUUUCAUCGAGGCUGAGGAACAACGCCAGCUGUCAGCCGAGGCUGCCCGCCUACAGGCUGAAGCAGCGGCAACAGCAGAGAAGCUGCGGCUACAGGCCGAAGCAGACGCAGAUGCCCAGGCUCGCCGCAAGGAAGCCCAAGAUCUGCUGCAGUGGCAUGAAGCCAACAGCAUCGAGAGACUCAAGUUCUGGCACUUUGAACCGAACGGCAACGACGCAACACCGGAAGAGCAGCAUAAGGAGUUCCUCUCCAAACUUGUGACACGGUUGUUGUAUGCUUGCAGCUACCAACGGUCGGAGUUAGAGAGACAGAACCAGGAACUGAAGCAACAGUACCAGGAUCUAAAGACACAACACCAGGAGUUGGCAAACCUCCGCCGGAUGGUGCAGAGCCACGAGGAUGCAACACGGGCACUCAAUUCCCGUGUACUGGACCUGGAACAGGCUGUACCAGGACCAGAUGUUGGAGCUUCCAGCAGUGGACCCUCUAGCCGCCAACUGGAGGAACGCGUUGACCACGUAGUGGCAAUGCUCGGUGACAUCAGCACCUUUGCGGCGCCAACCACCAUCAGCAGCCAGUUGGACACGUUGAAGACCGAGGUCCAACAACUGCAGUCGACGAACUCGGAUGGCAAUCCAAAGUUGUACAAGAUGCCAACUUUCCAACUGGAGAAGUUCGACGAUUACACACAUCAGGAUCCGGUCCUCUCGUGGGAAGCAUUCACGACGCAACUUCGGAUUCUGCCUGUCGCCAAGCACGCGUACAUCAGCGCCCUGUUCCUUAACUCAAAGGACGGAUGCCAGACCUGGUUGACCCACCUGGCAGCCACCCACGGCGUCGACGUCGCGGAUUUGAAAGACAAGAUUACAUGGGAAGAGUUAACACGGCUGUGGAAGAAGCGGUUCAUCGUCGACGACGCACCAGCACUCGCCAUCAACCGUCUCUUCACCAUGUCUCAGGGCAACACAGCAACACCUUCGCCGCCAUCUAUUGCCGGGGAUUCGACGUCAUGGUCAAGACUUGAAGAGCUCGACCCAUUGACGUUCGUGGACUUCCAAUGGAUGCCCGUUCCCUCGACCGGACGAUUGCCGAAACCGCAUUGCAACGUGCUCAUGGCACAAUUGCGGGAUUACUUGCACAUUGCAGUACCGACUCCGUUGAUGGACGCCGGAGUAGAGGUUGUCGACCUUCACGCCUACAUUGCAAAGAUCGACUGCGAGUUCAAAACGCAACGCCGAAGUUUGGAGGAGCAUGUGGAACACCUGCGCACCGUUUUGGAGCGGCUAGGACAGGCCAAGUACAAAGCCAACCGCGACAAGUGCGAAUUCGUGCGGCAGGAGCUGGAGUACUUGGGACAUUAUGUGACGCCGCAAGGCAUCCGUCCGCUUGCGAACAAGAUCGAGGCCCUACGAGUAUGGCCCGAGCCCACCAACACCACGGACGUCCUUUCAUUCAUGGGAUUGGCGGGCUACUAUCAACGAUUCAUCACCGGAUACUCGAGGAUUGCUGCACUUAUGACGAGAUUACAAUUGCCAAAGGCGCCAUUCGUAUUCGAUGACGACGCACGCCGGUCAUUCCAAGCACUUAAGACGGCUAUGCUCAUGGCACCCGUCCUUAGCAUCUAUGACCCCACCCUGGCGACGAGAGUGACUACGGACACUUCCGGCUAUAUCAUUGGGGCAGUCUUGGAACAGCACGACGGCGACGACUGACACCCUGUGGAGUAUUUCAGCCACAAAGU